AAGCAAGACUUCGUCAAAGAUGGACCCUAUAUUCAGUCUAGAUGAGGUGUCCCAUAAUACAUCACAAGUGCUAGAAGAUUGUCUCGAUAUAUUUCAAUCACCAGCCCAUGAAUCAUAUAAUCACAAGAAUACAGUCUAUUUAGGUAAUACGUCAUUUAACCAGCAUCCAGACAUUCAAUAUUUCCAAAAAGUCAAGCAAAAGAAUCAUUUCACGUAUCACAAGUCCAAGGUACAGCUGCAAAAGAGUAUCGAAAAGAUUCAGUCGAAGCUGACCGUGUUUGACCCUUACGAUUUGAAUAUGUUACUCGGAAGGCUACGCAGUUUCAAUAGUUUGAACUGGCAAGUUCCAAAUAGUCCCCAGUUGAAUGAACUUAAAUGUGCGAGAAACGGAUGGAAAUGUGCUUCAUUCGCAAGGAAUAUUAAAAAUCAUUUGAUAUGUACAAACUGCCACCAACAACUAAUCUUGCGAUUCAGUAAUAACAACAUAUCCAACGAUACAUCUCCAUUUGACAUUGACUUCUUAAGUGGCAAGGAGUAUGAUGAUGAAUUGAAUAGUAAAUUGAUUGAAAAGUACAUGGUUCAGAUUGAAACCACAGGACAUUCUACGGAAUGCAGCUGGAGGAAUUUUGAAACUCCCUUGGAUGGAGUGUACUACCCUCGACAUUACCUUAGCGCUACAAACACCUUUCUUAUUACCCAAUACCUCAAAAAUUUAAAGAGCUUAGUCGAUAAUUCCUUAAUUUUACAAGAACAUUAUGAUCAAAUAUUCAAAUCUUCGUCAUUACAAUCGCCCGAGUUUAUUAACAUAUCCAACCAAUGGCUACUAGCAAGAUAUUACAAACUUGACAAGGAAAAUGUCAGCGCGUGCCUCCAACAUAUUCCAGUAUGGUUCUACGAAAUAGCAGCACAAGGGUGGAGUUUGAAUGCGCAGAGAUAUGCUAAUGACGUGAUUUUAGUCAUGAGUUGUGGCAUGUGUAAUCUGAGAGUGUUUUUAAAUACGGUCACACCAGCCCUGAACUUGAACACUUUACAAGCAUUGACCCCAGUUAAAUAUCCUCUUCAUCACGAACCACAUGAUGAACUCACAGAAUUCGACCAACCUUUGGGUCCUCAGUUUGAUCCCGUCCAUGAUCACAAACCAUUCUGUUCCCAUGUGCACGAUCCUCACUUGCAUGACUACUUCUUUAGCUUGAUACUUGGAUCGAUUAACAAUAUCGGCAUCAAUGGAGAAUACAUCAAUAAUGACCUGACGAUAAUAGACAGACCCACAACGACAAAGAGGAAAAAGAGCUUUACAAUGAAUGACGGACUCGAACGUCUAAAUAAAUUGCGUAAAUUAUAUUUAAUAGAAGAUUAGUGCUAUUUAGGUGGUUCACUGAAAUCUAAAAUUUCAAUAAACGUUUCCCCUUCUUCUUCUUCGUUAAAUCUUUGUACAGCAGCAACACAUCUCUUGUAAUCAAUUCUAACCUGCCAAAUGCCGCCAGUCACAUCGGCCAAUAAAUCACGAGCAAAACAACCACGCUUAACGUCCCACAAUUUAAGCAUCUUCUCACUACCACUAACGACACGAAGCCCAUCAUGCUCAAAACAUGUGAUUGCUGCCCCAUGUCCCUUUAAUUUACUCAGGAUUUCCCCCGUGGCAGGAUCCCAGAUCCGUAAUGUCGCAUCAGCAGCAGCCGACACCAAGACACCGUCAACAAGCGAUAAAAGACCAACCAACGACGAAUGCCCUUCAAGGGUCUUGAUUAGUUUCCCUGUCUCAAAGUUCCACAUGUUAAUGGUAGAAUCCAUGGAUCCCGAGAAACAUGUCUUGGCAUGGAAAUCCAUAGCAGUGGAAUAGACUCGGUCUUGAUGUCCGGUUAAAAUAUGUUUACAAUUGCCAUUAUCCAAUAAAUCCCACACUCGUACCGUGGAAUCAUAUGAUCCCGAAAUUAUAAUGUUCCCAAACCCCGAUAUGGAUCGUACUGAUUGUGUAUGUCCGGAUAGCACGGCAAUCAAAUAUGGAUUAUCAAUUUCACUGCUAUCAAAGGUAUUACCGGUUCUGGCAUUUUCAUCAGCGACAACCGUGUCAUCAUCAACAUCAUCACCAUCAUCACAAAGGGGUAAUUUCCACACAUGGAUAUUAUGAUCACGCGAUCCAGUGACUAAGAGGGGGAAUUGGGGAAAGAUUAAAUCAUUGCCAUUGGCAUCUUUACCCACCACAGUAGGAUGAAUGAUAUCCAAACAUCUAAUGGUGGAGGUAUGACCUCGGAAAACAUGGGUACAUAUUCCUGUCUUCAUAUUCCAUACCCGGACAGUUCUAUCGGUAGACCCAGUGACCAAAGUAUUACCAGUAUACUUUAAAGCCCACACACCACCUUCGUGUCCUUCCAAUACCCUCAUUAAUUUCCCGGUCUUGGUACUAUAUAUUAAAAUACACUUGUCAUCAACACCAGUAACG